AUGAAUACAUUAACUCCCGAAUAUUUGGAGUGGGAAGCCAAAUUAGAAUUACCAAGCAUUUUGUCAGAUAAAACUCGUUCUAGGUUCUAUAAUAGAUAUAAGAAAAAAACUGGACUUGAUCCCUGGAUAAACUCUGAAACUUCCGAAUCUAAACAGGAUGCCGGCAAUCAUCUUUCACAAGACUGUAUCAUUAAAAUUUCAAAGUUUCCGGAAGAGAAAAGUACAAUCCAUAAAGCAGUACAUAAACGCUUCCCUUUCCUGUCUUGCACUAAUUCGAAUGCGUGGUAUCGAGAUGUAUUUAAAUAUACUGAUUCAGAAGCUAAAUGCCCAGUAUGCAAAGAUGUUCAUACUCAUUUAGGAAUAUGGGCGACUGGAGUUUAUGCCAUCGAACAUGGAAUGGAUCCCGAGAAAUUUUCAGUCAUUACUGAGGCUGAGAAAAAUAGAUGGGCCAUGGGGUGUUUUCGUGGGGAUUUGGAAAGAGAUAUACGUUUCUAUC